CAACAUCACCCGAGAAAAGAACUUCGUCCACCACGAAAGAAAUAAUAUCCUCGCCACCAAAAACACCAAAAACAAAAAAGACCAAAGCUUCGACGAUAGAUCAAGAAAAUGGACUCACACAACAAAAGAUCAUAAAAGAGACUCCUCAACGUGAUGCAUUGACUGACUUAUCAAUGAUACCACAGAAUCUGAUGAAUGGGAAUUUAACCAUGGAACAAGUUCUGGAAAAAGAUCCCAAACCGCGAAAGAAGAAGAAUAAAGCCGUCCCGUGUCAAAAACACACUAAAUUUAUUAAUGCUGCCUUACCAAUUUCAAAUACACAUGUCACAAUUAACAUACCUACACCUACACCUACACCGCGUAAAAUAGCAAUAACUAAAAAACGUCGCAUGGAAGAAAUCCAUGAUUCGACCACAAAACCCGAUUACUCAUACGCGGCUAUGAUCGCUCAAGCGAUUCUUCAAUCGCCAGGAAAAAAGGCGGCCCUGAAUGAAAUCUACACUUGGAUUUCUAAGAACUACCCAUAUUAUAAACGAGAAGAAAAAUCGGGGACGGGAUGGGAG